UCAUGUGACCAGCAACGUCAUUUGACGCUAUACGGAAGCUGUACGCUUCAUCUUAUAUUUUGUGUUGUGUUGAUCGUAAAUAAAACCCUCUUACGCAUUUAUUUCUAACCAGACAACAUGGGUUUCUCAGAAGGGGAAGAGUCCUGUCUAUUACUGGAUGAAAAGCUGCUUCGUUUUAUGGACCAACUGGAGUUACUGCAGGAGAAACGAAACACCUUGAACUCUCUCAUCGAGCAGGGCUGGUUUUCCAUAAGCAAGGCACGAUAUUCCAUGGGAAACAAACAGGUUUCUGCUCUUCAAUUUGCAAACACGAUGGAGCCACUGGUUUCUGUACAUGUUAGAACCUUGGACAACGAUGAUGUGGAAUUUAGCACUGAGAAGUCUCCACCAGAAUUCAGUAAUGGAUCUGUUAAAGAACCAACAUUAAUAGAGGAUGUUGGACCUCAAGAAGAAGGUAUCAGGCGACGAAAAAAGACCAAAAGCGACGGCACAGAAAAAAGAGAAAGUAGGGGUACCGGCAGUGAGAUGGAUCCUGAGGUAAACCCAGUUAGAAAAGGAGGCCAUAAUCCUCACCAGGAUCCACUGAAGUGGUUUGGGAUUUUAGUGCCACAGUCUCUGAAACAAGCACAGUCAUCAUUCAAACAAGUCAUAGAGCUUUCAGCUGAGAUCGCAGCACUGCAGAUCGCAGUUCUAAACACCAGACAGGAGCUGAAGCAUGACUUGAGAAACCAGGAGAGCUCUGAUGGUGCUGAACUUAACGUCUCCACUGGAUCAAAGAAAGAAGCUGAAGUUCCCUUAACAAAUAAGAGCUAGAUAAUCCAGAAUCAGAUUAACAGAGUGAUGCUUGCUGCGGUUAAUGGUGUAAAUCACAGAUCGAACAGUUACUGCAACAUCCCAUAUUGUUAACCAGUUUUCUUUAACGUUUUCAUGUUUUUAGAUUUAAGUUUGUAAAUAAAAAAAGGAUAUUUGAACAUUCCAACAGUUUUCCACCAGAACUUUAAUACAAGUAAAAUCAAUUACACCAAUGUUUAUGUUAUUCUUACCUUCAAGAGCCCGGAGGAUGAUGCUUAAGGUUCUAAUGCUGGUGUAACGUUCUGUACAGUUUCCGUACUGUUAAAAUACUUUUAUUUGUAUUAUGAGUGUUACCUCCUGAUUUGCACAACCUAAACAUUGCAAUAAAAUCUGGAAGACAGGCUGA